AUGGAUAUGAGCCCUAGUAUGCAUAGCAUCGGAGGAGAUAGCUCCCUUAGCCAGAGCUGGGAAGAUAUGCCAAUGCCUGGCAACUUCCCCGAUACCCCGGAUGUCGACGAUCUAGAAGCCCUUAAUGACCAUCUCAAGAAGCUCGGCCUUGGUAACAGUUCAAAUGGCCAUUCUCGGGGAGAUCAGCUUGGGAACCAACUAACCCAGAGCACCUAUGAAGGAUGGACCUUAUAUCGUGGGGAGCCCAAAACUCCAGGUGCAGAACGAACCUGGGCCACCGCUACUAUGUGCAAGAUGCCCCUUCCACAGGCAGAGUUACUCGACCUGGUUCAGAAACAAAAGCGCAAGUCGGUUACAGAAGCCUAUAAUGAGCUUACGAUGGUCAAACGACAACACAUCGACAAUUUGAUCGAGGAGAAAAAGCAAGAAAUUGGCGGCGCGAAAUAUGACUGGACCUGUGUCUAUAUCAACUCCGCUACUAGAGAAGUCCGGUCUGCCUUUGGCCCCAGAAAGGUCUUGACAAUUUCUAUAGCGAUUGUGCUCCGCAAACAGCUGAAGCCCGAGGUCGUUAAUGCUAUACAGGGCCAUGGAACAACAUGA